AUGGCCAUAUUUUCACGUAAUGUUACAAUGCAUAUCAUUUUACUGAUGAUAAUAAUCAUUGGGACAGUAGAAGGACGAAAAGUUCAAAAUUGUGGUAGUAUAGGAAGUGGUGGAGGAGCGAGGGGAGGUUUUAAUAGUGAUAAAAAUGGUGUUCAAAGUGGGGGAAGUGGAAACAAUAUUGGUAUAGGUGGAGGAGGAGGUGGAAGUGGAAGUACUGGGGUUGGUGGAGAUGUAGGAGGUAGCAUAGGUGGUGGUGGAAGUGUUGGUGGAGGUGUAGGAGGAGGUGCUAGUGUUGGUGGAGGUGUAGGAGGAGCUGGAGGUGCAGGAAUUGGAGGAGGUGCUGGAAUUGGUGGAGGUGCAGGUGGAAGUGUAGGUGUAGGAGGAGGUGGAGGUGGAGGUACUAGAAUUGGUGGAUGUGGAGGUGGUGGUGGUGGAGGUGCAGGAGUUGGUGUCGGUGGUGGUGGAAAUGUAAGUGCAGGGGGAAGUGGAGGUGUUGGUGCAGAAGGAGGUGGUGGAAUUGGUGGAUGUGGAGGAGCAAGUGGUGGUGGAGGUGUAAGUGUUGGAGGAGGUGUUGGUGGAGUUGGAGGUGCUAGAAUUGGUGGAAGUGGAGGUACAGGGAUUGGUUCAAGUGCGGGAGGAGUGGGUGCAAGAGGAAGUGUUGGUGUUGGUGGAUGA